UGUGUGGGUUUGCAGAUAUCAGAAGCGGCGGACUCAACUUCUCUCUGCCUACGGACUGAGCGGCCCUCCCGCCAAACCAAAGGGUGCUGGCCUUCGAAUCCAACCGCCAGACAGGUCAUCCUUCCCUAUGGGUGAUGGCCACCGUGCGGCGUCGCUCGCGGCUUUAAACGCCAACUCCUCGGGCCACGGAAGCCCUUACUCGCCUGCUUCAAUUUCCUCGCCGACCGAGUACCGGCCACAAUCCUCCUAUGGCCAGCCCGAUCACCAUCCGGCCUCAUUACUGGCGCCCGGGGGCCCAAUGGCCGAUGGCCGCCCGUCUCUGCGUCAACAUGACUCGCUAUUCCUCGCCCCUGGCCAACAGAACGAUACUUCGACGCGAUCGGGGACAAUGGUCUCGGGGGACUAUGUUUUCAAUCCAGAGCAGCAAGGGCAUGGCGGCUAUGCCGACCCGCCCCAGAAUAUGUACGAUAGCAGGAGUGGGACAUUACUAGAUUCACAGGCCUACUUCUCCGACUUUGCCGGCCAGCAGGCCUACGACCAGAUGGGCCCCAAUGAGUACGGUGGCCCUCAGAGAUACUCUGCCGGCGAUGCAUUCUCGCCGACCGUCGCUGUGCCGCCGCCGAUGCUCACCGCAAACGACCUUCCACCGCCGGACGCGUUAGAGUACCAGAUGCCCCUCGAGCCUCGGGACGUCCCCUUCGCAAUUUACGAUCCCCACGACGGGAAUACGCCCAUGUCCAGGUUCGACAACAUUGCCGCUGUCCUGAGGCACCGGGGUCGGACAACGGCCAAGCUUCCGGCGUACUGGGUUCUGGACAACCGAGGCAAGGAAAUCGCCUCCAUUACGUGGGAUAAGUUGGCUUCGCGCGCCGAGAAGGUUGCCCAAGUCAUACGAGACAAAAGCUCGUUGUACCGUGGAGACCGCGUGGCACUCAUCUAUCGUGAUACGGAGAUUAUCGACUUUGCUAUUGCGCUGCUCGGUUGCUUUAUUGCCGGGGUAGUCGCGGUGCCCAUCAACGAGCUUCAAGAUUACAAGAAGCUGAACUUGAUCCUCACCUCGACGCAGGCGCAUCUCGCUUUAACCACGGACAACAACCUAAAGGCAUUCCAGCGCGAUAUAACGACCCAGAAGCUGAAUUGGCCGAAGGGGGUUGAGUGGUGGAAGACCAACGAGUUUGGCAGCUUCCACCCGAAACGGAAAGAUGACGUGCCGCCCUUGUCGGUGCCGGAUCUGGCUUAUAUCGAGUUCUCUCGGGCACCGACCGGCGACCUUCGAGGAGUCGUUCUUAGCCACCGGACGAUCAUGCAUCAGAUGGCCUGCCUCAGCGCCAUCGUCACAACCGUGCCCGGGAAUGGCCCGCCAGACACCUUCAACAACACGACUCUACGAGACAAAAACGGGCGGCUGCUCGGGGGUAGCUCGAGCAGCGAGAUACUGCUAUCAUACCUCGACCCGCGACAAGGCAUAGGGAUGAUCUUGGGGGUGCUGCUCAACGUCUACGGUGGACACACGACUGUCUGGUUGGAGAGCAAAGCCGUCGAUGUCCCCGGGCUCUACGCCCAUCUGAUCACGAAAUACAAGGCAACCCUCAUGGUGGCCGACUAUCCAGGCCUGAAACGGGCAGCCUACAAUUACCAGCAAGACCCCAUGACGACCCGGAACUACAAGAAGGGCAUGGAGCCCAACUUUCAGACCGUGAAACUCUGCCUUAUCGACACCUUGACCGUCGAUGGGGAGUUCCACGAGGUCCUGGCUGACCGGUGGCUACGUCCGCUGCGGAACCCCCGCGCCAGAGAAGUGGUCGCGCCCAUGCUCUGUCUCCCGGAACAUGGAGGGAUGGUCAUUAGCAUACGCGAUUGGCUAGGUGGCGAGGAAAGGAUGGGCUGUCCCUUGAAGCUCGACAUUGGGUCCGAAGCCAGUUCCGAAAGUGGGAAAGAGAGGGAGAGGGAAAAGGAGAAGGAGAAAGAAAAGGAAGAGAAGCCCGCUGCGGCCAAUGCUUUUGGAAGUCUCCUCGGAGUGACAGCUACCACCACAGAACAGCGCGCUAAGACCGAGCUGAGCGAGGUUCUUCUUGACAGGGAGGCCCUGAAGAGCAGCGACGUGGUCGUCGUAGCAAUAGGAGAAGAAGCCCGGAAGAAGGCAGGGAGCGAGGUGGGCACGGUUCGAGUAGGCGCCUUCGGUUACCCCAUCCCAGACGCCACGCUCGCGGUCGUAGACCCUGAGACCGGCCUGCUGGCCUCACCUCACUCGAUAGGCGAGCUCUGGGUCGACUCCCCAUCCUUGUCCGGUGGGUUCUGGGCAUUGCCCAAACACACGGAGCAAAUAUUCCACGCGCGGCCCUACAAGUUCGAUCCCGGCGAGCCGACUCCAACGGCCGUCGAGCCCGAGUUUCUGCGGACAGGCCUCCUCGGCACCAUCAUCGAGGGGAAGGUCUUCGUCCUCGGCCUUUACGAAGAUCGUAUCCGGCAAAAGGUCGAAUGGGUGGAGCAUGGCCACGAGGUUGCCGAGCACCGUUACUUCUUUGUCCAGCACCUCGUCGCGAGCAUCAUGCGGAACGUCCCGAAGAUAUUCGAUUGCUCGGCCUUUGACGUCUUUGUUAACGAGGAACACUUGCCGAUUGUGGUCUUGGAAUCCCAGGCUGCUUCCACUGCGCCGAUAACGUCGGGUGGACUGCCCAGGCAGCUGGACACGGUGCUCCUCGACGCGCUAGCCGAGAGGUGCAUGGAGGUACUGAUACAGGAGCAUCAUCUCCGCGUGUACUGCGUCAUGAUCACUGCUCCCAAUGCGCUGCCCAGGGUGCUGAAGAACGGGCGGAGGGAGAUUGGCAACAUGCUCUGUCGCAGAGAGUUCGAUCUCGGGAAUCUUCCCUGCGUGCAUGUCAAGUUUGCAGUCGAGCAUGCUGUGCUGAACCUCCCUAUUGGCGUCGAUCCUGCCGGCGGCGUUUGGUCCGACGUGGCAUCGAAUUCCCGGGCAGACAUUCUGGCGGGAGCCGACAAGCAGUACUCGGGCAUUGACCGGCGGGAAGUGGUCAUCGACGACAGGACAUCCACUCCCCUCAACAACUUCUCGAGCAUCACCGAUCUCAUCCAGUGGAGGGUGGCUCGACAGCCCGAGGAGCUAUCCUACUGCACCGUCGACGGCCGAGGAAAGGAAGGCAAAGGCGUCACAUGGAAGAAGUUCGACAUGAAGGUCGCAGCCGUGGCGCUCUAUCUGAAGAACAAGGUGAAGAUCAGGGCCGGCGACCAUCUUGUCCUCAUGUACACCCACUCGGAGGACUACGUCUUCGCCACGCACGCUUGCAUCAACCUUGGCGCCAUCGUGAUCCCAAUAGCGCCCAUAGAUCAGAACCGUCUAUCGGAGGACGUGCCAGCUUUCCUUCAUCUGAUAGCCGACUACGGCGUCAGGGCGGUCCUAGUCAACCAAGACGUCGACCACCUCCUGAAACAGAAGCCAGUCUCCCAACACAUCAAACAGACCGCUCAGGUUCUCAAGGUCCAGAUACCCAGCGUCUACAACACGUCGAAACCCCCGAAGCAGAACAAUGGUUUGAGAGAUCUGGGCAUCUCCAUGGAUCCCGCCUGGGUGCAGCCAGGAUAUCCGGUUGUCAUUUGGAUUUAUUGGACACCGGACCAGCGCAGAGUUGCCGUCCAGCUUGGCCACGACACCAUCCUAGCCAUGUGCAAGGUCCAGAAAGAAACCUGCCAGAUGACCAGCUCGCGUCCAGUCCUGGGCUGCGUGAGGAGCACAACAGGCCUCGGAUUCAUCCACACCUGCCUGAUGGGCAUCUACAUCGGCACCCCGACGUACUUGAUCUCGCCCGUCGAGUUCGCGCAGAAUCCGCUCUCACUGUUCCUGAUACUAUCCCGCUAUAAGAUAAAGGAUACCUAUGCUACGCCCCAGAUGCUUGACCACGCAAUGUCUGUCAUGCUCGGGAAGGGGUUCACGCUGCACGAGCUCAAGAACAUGAUGAUAACGGCCGAGGGGCGCCCGCGUGUCGAUGUCUUCCAGAAAGUGCGGCUCCAUUUCGCCGCGACGGGUCUCGACCGCACAGCCAUCAACACGGUUUAUUCGCAUGUUCUGAAUCCCAUGAUCGCCUCUCGGUCGUACAUGUGCAUCGAGCCGAUCGAGCUCUGGCUGGACACGAAGGCGUUGCGGAGAGGUCUUGUGAUGCCCAUCGACCCCGAGGCGGACCCCAAGGCGCUCCUGAUCCAGGAUUCGGGCAUGGUCCCGGUCUCCACGCAGAUCGCCAUCGUCAACCCGGAGAACUGCAUGCUCUGCAACGAUGGAGAGUACGGCGAGAUCUGGGUGGACUCGGAGGCCUGUGUCAAGGCAUUCUACGGCUCCAAGGACUGGCUUGAUGCGAAACGGUUCGACGGCAGGACAGUCGAGGACCCAAGCAUCCGAUACGUGAGGACCGGAGACCUGGGCUUCUUGCAUAGCGUGAGCAGGCCUAUUGGACCCGGCGGUGCUCUGGUCGAUAUGCAGGUGCUCUUCGUUCUGGGAUGCAUUGGUGACACGUUGGAGAUCAAUGGACUGAACCACUUCCCUAUGGACAUUGAAAACUCGGUCGAACGGUGUCAUCGCAACAUCGUACGCAAUGGCUGCGCCGUCUUCCAAGCGGGCGGCCUCGUCGUCGUCGUAGUCGAAGUCUCCCGGAAGGCCUACCUGGCCUCCAUCGCCCCCGUCAUCGUCAACGCGAUCCUGAACGAGCACCAGAUCGUCGUCGACAUCGUGGCCUUUGUCGGCAAGGGCGACUUCCCGCGGUCGCGCCUCGGCGAGAAGCAGCGCGCCAAGAUCCUCGCCGGCUGGGUCAGCCGCAAGAUGCGCACCAUUGCGCAGUUCGCCAUCAAGGACAUGGACCCGUCGCUGAUGCCCAUCGGCACAUCGGGCACCGCCGCCCCGGGCGUCGACGCCGAACCACCCGCGGCUUCCUCCUCCAUGAACCGCGCCAGCCUGGGCAGCGUGAGGAGUUCCGCCGGCGGCGGCGGCGGCGGUCCGGGACCGGGCGGCGCCAACAGCAGCAGCCUGCGGAACAUGGAGCCCGCGCCGCGGAUCCUGGAGCAGAGGGAGCUCGAGCACCAGCUGGACAUGAACGCCGCCGCCGCAGCAGCAGCAGCCGCAGCUGCGGGCCGGCACCCGAUGACGGUGGGUACGGCUGUGGAGAUGCCAGCCGACGAGGAGCAUCAGGCCCCCGGGCUGGGCGGCGAUAAGGACGAGACCCCCACCAAGGCCCGCCCCGGCGCCGGCGGCGGUGCCCGGCGCUUCGACGACGACGACGACGACGAAGAUGACGACAACGAUGACGGCGCCCCCGGCCGGUACGACAACGACCUGCCCGACUUUGCACGGUUCAGCCUGCACGACGAGGCGGACAAGCUAGGAAGCGCGCGCGGGCGGGGCCCCCAGUACCAGCAACAACAGCACUACCACCAGCACCAGCAGCACCAGCAGCAGCACCAGCAGCAGCACCAGCAGCGGGCGCCGCAGAUCCGGCUGCCGGGCGUGGACGGACGCGAGUCCCUCGACGACUGGGAGGGGGAACCCGUGAGUCCGCGCGGGGGCGGGCGGGGCGGGCAGAGCGGCGGAUUCGGGGCCGCCGCCGGCGACGACGACGACUGGGCGAAGGAGGCGAACAUGUACAUGAACCUUGCGGGGACGCUGGGGAGGAAGGAGGAGAGCUGAUAGGGCGCGCGUUAUGGAUGGAUCAUGGCAUGUCGAAAGUGGUUGGGGAGGGAGGGUUCUUCUAUUCACGUCUUGGUAGGAAGGAAGGGACCGGAUCGGAUCGGAUCGGAUCAGCUUAUUUCUUCAAAGGAUCGGUUUUGCUUCCUUUUCGUUGUUUACGGGCACUGGAUAUCUCUGGAUAGAUCUGUGGCGUGGUAUGCCGAUUUUACUCUUGUUGUUGGGUGGCAUUAGUGGUAUUAAUCGUACGGUUUAAGGCGUGAGUGAGCUUUAAGUUUAUUAUCGUGCUUCAGCCCCAUAAGAUAAGAUGUUACACGUUCGAAGGAUAGUUGAUCACUGUUUCUUGACUGGAACUAAGGCGUACGAUGAUUGCUGCCAUCACUACUCCUUACUGCAUUACCCUCUCGUGCACAAACAGGAGAUGUUGCUGGCUUGAAGAUUGAUUCUUGACGAUUUCGCUUGGCCGUGAUACGGAUUG